AUGGACGUGUUGACGCGCGAAGCUGCUCCCUCGCCCUCGCUCUCGUUCACUUCUCUCGAGUCUGAUGUGUGCCCCUGCCAGCCGUUGCCCUCGCUGUGGGAGCCGCGGGCCGCAGUGACAUACCUGCCGCGGGAGAUACUGCACGACAUCUUCUCCCGGCUGCAAAAGCCAGACCUCCUGAGCCUGCGCCUCCAGUGCGCGUACCUGAGUGAUGUGGCCACCGCGCUCGCCUUCAGGUCCUUGCGGCUCGUUGCGUACGGCCGGUCGCCGCUGGAUUUCAUCCACAUUGCGCGUUCCGAGCGCCUGCGCGGGUUGGUCCAAGAGCUGACGUGCGACACCGCCAUCCACCCCACGAUUGUCGACUUCCGCGCCUAUGGGUACCAGGAGCCGACAGAGAUGCUCAAGGCGCUUGAGUUUGUACGGUUCUUUUAUAAUUUGAAAGCUCUUCAUCUGAGGUUUACGCGGGACUACUGGUUCGUCUAUGAUGGCGAGUUUGAGUCCAUGGACUUCCGGUUGCGGUUUUUACACACCGUUUUUUCUGGCAUAACUGGGGAGUCGUGUCCAAUUGACUGGGACGCGAGUUAUGAGGAUGAGAGGGAGUACCAUUAUCACACGAGUGAGCCUGAGGAGCAGGAGGCUGAGGAGGAGGGUCGGAGCGUUAAUGAGACUGGCAGUCCGCUCGGGGACGGUGAGGAUGGACUGCAACCCGAUGAUGCUGAACACGAGACUACCGAUGGUGUUGUGGAACCAGAAGUAGACGAGCCUGAGGAUGAAGAUGACGAGGAGACCAACGGCAAUGAUUUUUUCGACCUCCUACAAAUACCCUCAGAGCUCCUCAAGAACCCCCCCGAUAUCCCAAUCGCCCCAAUCAACCUUACUACAUUCACAAUCUCCAACCUGGCUGCGCAGAGAGACGCGAGGUUAUUAGAGAACGGAGUCUUUUCUCAAAUGCUCUCCUCGCGUAGUCUGGUCAGCCUCAAACUACUAAUCACACCAUCCAUGGCUGGUAUCGGAGGCUUUGCGGGCCGCAGAGCCGACAUGAAAAUUUCCAUGUACGGCCACUUGCCUUCCACGUGGGUCAUGCCAUCUGCAGCUGCGAAUCUCAAGGAGCUGUCUCUAUACUCCCACGAAUACUGGGGCUGGUUCCCCAAGCUGGACCUCCGGGACCUGGGCGGGAUGCCUAAUUUGAAGAUCCUCGCCCUGGGCCACUAUACCUUUAGCCACCAGUGGCAGGUCGACUGGCUGGCUUCUCUUAAUCUAGAGGAACUCUAUUUGGAUCACUGCGCAAUACUGCAUCAGGUAGAAACCUGGGAAGGGUGGGUUGACGGAAGCUCGGCUUACACCGAAGAGGAUGAUGACAGUAAUACGCAAGUAUCCGUACCGAACGAAGGUUACCUCAACCCAGACUGGAGGUUCAUGACGCGCGGCGAGGGUAGCGAGCUGGUCCUCUCUUAUCCUCUGCGGUGGCACACAAUAUUCCGUCAGUGGGAAGCGUCAAUGACCUCCCUCAAGGUUCUAAAGGUCGGCCUGGGCGCGUGGAGGGGCCCGCCUCAAGAAACAGUUGAGGCAAACUACUCCCGUGAAGAAGCGAUGGAGAAGAGACAGAGAUUCUCACACAACGCAUUUAGAUACUAUAGAUGUCCGCCGCCCGGUGGGAGGGGUGAGCACUAUCGACAGGGCACUGGGAUCUUCGAGGAUCACGAGCUUGCUCUCCAGUACUUGUAUUUCGAAGGGGCAGGAUUUCAGACUUGGGACCACUGGGAUGCUCAUGGGAGGGUUGCGAGAAGCCAAUCUGGCAUUUCCUUUACCGACUGGGUGUUAGAGGAUGGGUUGGGAGACAAGGAUCGCUUGGCACAGAAGCUCUUGGUUUCAGCGAUUCAGUCGUGA